AUGAAAGUAAGAGCAUUAAAGUAUUGUAGAUCGCUGACCAAGGCCCAAGGGGCGCGUGCCCACGUGAUCAUCAAUUAUCGCGAUUCGCGACGCGGGAUCGGACAAGAACUUGUUCUCUCCAAUUGCUAUCUUCACCUUCAAUGGGACCAGAAGAGUGUUGUUAAGCAGUGGGAGGUGUUUGUCAGUCAUGAAGGAUGGCAGGCGCAGGACAAUCGGACAAGGAGCAUCCGCUCGCAGGCGCGCACAAUAAUUACACCAGACUUAAGAAACGAGACUGACGCGCGUGGAACCCAGACCCAACUAUUAAAUGCCGCGAAAGAAAUGGGAGCAGUUGAACGACCCGACCUCACCUCCGAAGUAACCCACCUUCUCGUCGGAUCUGCAGACUCCGCAAAAUACCGAUUCGUCGCGCGCGAACGGAAUGACGUCGUUGUGGUUCGACCAGAAUGGAUUGAAGCGAUGCGCCAAUUGUGGAUGCUGGGAGAAGAUAUCGACAUUCGCGCCCUGGAGGUACAGCACAAGAUACCCACCUUUGUCGGGCUCACAAUAUGCAUUACUGGAUUCUCGGAUAUGGGCUUUCGCACACAGAUGAACGACCGUUCUGUGGAAAAUGGGGCCGAGUUUCGGAAAGACUUGACCAAGAGCGUCACCCAUCUUAUUUCGCGCACUGCAGACGGCGAGAAGUACAAGUUUGCGACACAAUGGGGUAUACGAGCUGUCAGCGAGAAAUGGUUUAACGACUGUAUUGAGCGCGGGAUGAUCCUGGACGAAGAAAAAUACCACCCACUGAUCCCACUGGAAGAACAAGGUGUUGGAGCAUGGUAUCGACCCUUACCCAUAUCACAGAGCGAGUCUAGAAAAGACAGAGGUGAUUCUAGCAAUGGUUCGGGGGAUGCUAGGCCGCGGAAAAAGCUACGCAGGACUGCAAGUACCAAGCUCAUUGGCCAAAAUGAGAACAUCUGGGGUGAUAUCAUUGGUGCUGGUUUCACGAAUCCCGAUACGACCGAUUCGCCCAACAAAGAGGAUGAAGAACGCGACUCACCACCUUCAAAACCUAUUCUUCAAGCUGCUAAAUCCUUCGCGAGUGAGUCAGUCUUCAGUCAAGCCAUGGCACGUGAAGAACCACCCAAAGCCCCAGAAGGCUUUCUCGGGGGAUCAUAUUUCUAUCUAGAAGGGUUCUCAUCUAAGCAGAUGGGAGUAUUACAUCGCCACCUUGGGUUCAAUGGUGCUCAAUGUGUGACAUCUCUGAGAGAAUUUUCUCGACCGAGCAUCCCGAAAACAGGCCGUGGCUUAUACAUCAUGGUGCCAUACCAAACCCUCAGGUCGGCGGCUCCAUCAACAGACGAUCUGGCGUUUGAAUGCGAGGUCGUAACAGACAUGUGGUUAGAGAAAUGUCUGCAUGCAAGAGUCCUGGUUCCGCCAGAAUCCCACGCUGUUUGCAGACCUUUCCCUGAUUUCCCAAUUCCAGAAUUUUCAGGAAUGCGAAUAUGCUCUACUGGAUUUGGCGGCAUUGAUCUUCUUCACGUGUCCAAGCUGGCUAACCUGAUGGGUGCCUCCUAUGACGAAGUUCUCACGCCACAAGCCUCUGUCCUGGUUUGCUUCGACCCUCAAACUGCAAGCCAAAACAAGUUGCGCCAUACCAGAGAAUGGGGUGUCCCAGCCGUUUCAGCUAGUUGGCUGUGGGCCUCCAUUCAGACUGGCCAAAAGAAGCCAUUUGAGCCAUAUAUGGUCCAAAAACAAAUAUCCCAACCUCAAGGCGGCGUAGAAAAACCAGGUGCUGCUUUUGAGAGCGAAGAUAUGCAUCAGAAAGUGGAUACAGUCCGCGACAGACGAGCUAAAGCUCCAGCAAAGUCACCAAGUGAACCGAGAAGUGAAGAUCCGAAACACGCCAAAAGCUAUCAAAGGCGGAUGUCGUCUGUCAUCGACGAUGGAUUCUCGAAUGAAGGCGAGGAUGAUGUGCCCAAGCCGUCCAUACCGGAAUCUCAGCCUCCAUCCCCGAGCAGAACAGACGACAGGCCAACAACUAGUGGCUCUACCUCCGACCAACCCAAUCCAAACCACACAGAACCCACUGCACCCUCCGCGCUGGACACCGCGCUCAAGGGCCUCCUUCAGAAAGCCCAAGCUGCUAAAUCCCGCCAGUCGAAUGAAAGCCCAACCAACAUUGAAGAUGGCAACUUUCCCCUCCGACGAAAGCGCAAACCUCUAUUAGGUCGUGCCCCGUCACACUCCUCCUCUAAAGUCGAAACCGCUGCUGCACCAUCCAGAGCUAGCUCAAUUGACACUCUCAAUGACGACGGUAUCGGCGCACCACUUGAGAGCGCAGAUCCGACCCGGGCCAACUCGCUGUCCCGCACGACUAGUCACGUCAAUAAAGAUGAAAGUCUAUCAUCAAUGUUCAGCGGUGCCGGUGGAAAAUUCGAUUUCCUGGCUGAUAAGCAGCUCCCUGCCAACGGGAACGAGGAAGACGAAGAAAACACCGAGCCUCAGAUGACACAACUAGACUAUGAAGAUGCCGACGCAGCAGCUAUGAGAGCUGAAUUCCUGCGUGAUGCAGGCAAGAUACCUCGGAAGCCUACCCAGGCUGACCCAGGCGUGUUAUUAGGGGAGCUCAAAGAAUUGGAGGAUGUUGGAUGGGCCUCUAGGCGGAGGACAAGAAAACAUCUGAGAGGUGAUGGUGAAUGA